AUGGAGGCAGACAGCGGAUCGGCGCUGACAGGAUACGGAAUUUACGUUUACACAAAUUCAUUUUUCCGCUAUGAAGGGGAAUGGAAAGAUGGUAAAAAACAUGGUCACGGGAAGCUUUUAUUUAGAGAUGGAAGUUACUAUGAAGGGGAGUUCAUACACGGAGAAAUUACUGGAAAUGGACUGCGUUACUGGGCAACAUCAGGAAACAAAUAUUCUGGUGAAUUUGAAGAGGGAGAACUUCAUGGACAUGGUGUCAUGCAUUACAAAGAUGGUGGGCGAUAUGAAGGAGAGUUUGUUUUUGGAAUAAGAGAAGGGCAUGGUUUGUUGGUGGACAAAGAUGGACAGACAUACUCAGGAGCUUUUCACAAGAACAAAAAGAAUGGAGAAGCACAGAUGAGUUACCAGAACGGCGAUCAUUAUGAGGGAAACUGGGUGCUGGACCAACGUCAAGGACAUGGAGUGCUGAACUGUUUAGAUGGAACCAUUUAUGAGGGACAGUGGAGAAAUGACGUCUUCAGUGGACAAGGAAGUAUGAUUCAUUGCUCGGGAGUAAUUUAUGACGGCCCCUGGAUCAAUGGCCAUCCUGCUGAUAUUGCAAAGAAGAUAGUCAUACUGGGAGGCGAUAUAAUUGAUGUGGUCCAAGGGAUGCCUGUAACCUUUCGUGUACAGCUCCAGACAGAGGAUGGUGAAACUGCGGAAAGGACCAUUAACACCUGUUGGUGUGAUUUGGUAUCUUUAUAUCUCUAUAUUACAUGUGCACUGUAUUACACUGUGUUUAACAAACAGGCCUGCAGCACUGUGUGCAUGUAA